AUGCGGCUAAAGACAAACACAACGCGCCUUCCGUGCGGCGGCGGCCCGCAUCUGCUUGUUUGCUUUUCGUGCUCGCAAACAACACGCCCCCGACGACGCCGUGUGGCCGCGCAUUGUCGUUUCUUCUUUUGCUUCUUUCCUCCUGACGCGAUUCUGGGCACGAUGGAGGCGCGCGUCGAUUUCGACAUCAACGAGGCGAUCAAGCUGUUCGAUAGCGAUCCUGCAACGAUUCCAGCGCCCGAGGCACCCCGGGCCCUGCAAGAGUGCGAAGAUGACCCAGAAGCGCUGUCGUCGCUGGCGUUGAUCAACAGCGAGCUGAAUCCGGUGGUUGACGCCGUAGCGGAGAGUCCAGAUGCCAUCACUCGCAGCUCCGUCUUCGACACCCUCCAGUUCCUCCUCAAGUGUGUUCCAGCCCGCCCUGCCUGUGCAAGCAACAAAACAACGGCGCAUGAGUCUGACCUUACCGUCCAAUCUAGAAACUCGGCACAGAUACCUCCAGCCGCCCUCGGCAAGAUCCUCGACCUCAUCGUCUCCGCGCUUUCCACCCAAGCCGACAUCGUGCACGCCGACCUCGAAGCCGAAGACCAAGAUGCAAUCCCGCACCACAAGACCCUCCUAGAGAUGUACGCUUUUCUGUUCCGGUGGACCAUAUCCGCAGUCGAAACAAGAGCGCUCGAGAAGUCGGCAUCAGCGCCCGCAGCAAGAGGGCGGGGCAAGACGGGCAAGUCCAAGGCGGGCUCCAGCAAGGACGGCACAUGGGACGCAGCGGCACAGCUCGAGACGGCGCUCGAUAGGGUCAGCAAGGUCUUGAAGCUCAAGCUGGGCCGCAUAUUCGUCACAACGUCAGAGCGAGACACCUUCGUUGGCCUCUUCACCAAGCCCGUCUACCACAUCCUGGAGAACGAGGCAAGAGUGAAGAAUGCUGCCAUACGCAACCACUGCUUCCGCGUCCUCUGCAUUGCCGUCAAGCACCACGGCCACGCAUACACCGCGCAGACAUCGAUCAACCAAUGCCUCACCUACUUCGAACACCUGUCCGAGCCUAUGGCCGAGUUCCUGCACACCCUUGCCGACGCAUACGAUUACUCGCAACUGGCCGAGGACGUGCUCAAAGACAUCAGCACGAAAGAGUACAGCGCUACAGACCUGAAGGGCCCCAAAUCCGUGUCGACAUUCCUAAUCAAGAUCUCUGAGCUGCUGCCAAAUCUCAUCAUCAAGCAAGGAGCACUGCUCAACAACCUCCUCGACAGCGAAGCUUAUACUCUUCGAUGCGCCAUGAUCGAAGUUUGUGGCAACCUGAUCAACAUGCUCAGCAAGCUGAGCCAAGACGAUCGCAGCGAGGCCCACAAAAGAAACAUCGACAUCUUCUUCGACGUGCUGGAACAGAGAUUUCUGGAUAUCAACCCUUACUGUCGGUGCCGUGUGAUGCAGGUCUACGUUAAGCUUUGUGACCUCCCCCACAUGAGUUCGAAACAAGGACGCAAGCGCCGACAGAUGGCUGCAGAUUUCUCCGAACAGAGCCUCAGAGACAAAAGCAGCAACGUACGUCGAAAUGCCAUUAAGCUACUCUCAAAACUCGUCGAAACACAUCCCUUCUCGGCAAUGUACAACGGUCUGUUGUCAACGGAGAGCUGGGAGCAAGGACUUGAGGGAAUCGAUGCGAACAUCGCCGCACUGAAGCCUCCGGAAGAGUUGCAAGAGCGUGCGCCAGGCGAGGUCGACGAAUCGAUGCUACUUGACGCAACUCAAGCCGACGCUGGUACCGCGAAAGACCCGGCCGAGAUGAACGAGGAGGAGCAAGCUGCGUUAGUUGUCAAGUUGCAAAAGGACGCUGAGACCGUCCAGGAACUGGAAAAGUUCAACAAGGCACGCUCGUUUGUUCGGCAAGCACUGCGGUUCAUCGAGGUGAUCAACGAUGCGGCCGAGCAGGUGAUGCAGCUGCUUUCUUCCAAGAACAAGAGCGAAGUCAUCGAGGCCAUGGACUUCUUCACUACAAUCGAUGCGUACAAGAUUGCGAACGCGAGACUCGGCAUCAAAAGGAUGCUCCGGCUCAUCUGGACCAAAGGCAACAGCGACGAGGGCAAGGGCGUUCAAGCGCACCUCAUUGACUGCUACAAGGGCUUGUUUUUCAACGCGCCUCCAGGCUGUGAUACAAACCAAGCUGCCAACUACAUCACUCGUGGCAUGAUCAGUCUGACCUUCGACACGACACCGGCCGAACUCAUUUCUCUUGAGCAACUUCUCAGUACUAUGAUGAAGCAAGGCUUGGUUAACAGCCUAGUCAUUGAAAAGCUUUGGGCAAUUUACGGUUAUCAGAAGAAGGACAUAUCUAUGAGGCAGCGCCGAGGUGCCAUCAUCGUUCUGGGCAUGCUGGCACUUUCGUCACCAGACAUCAUUGUGCAAGAGAUGGAGACCUGUCUGCGCAUUGGCCUGGGAAAAUUUGGUCAUCGCGACUUCGGACUAGCUCGAUACACCUGCGUUGCUUUGCGCCGAAUCAGUGCACCUCCCGGCAAGCAACAGGCUGGUGAAGCUCAAGCUCCGGCCGUCAAACUUCCCAACGACCACGCCGUGUUGGUAAGGCUAGCCGCAAUGUGCGAACUGGAAUCUGACAGUAAGGAUUGGUUCGGAGUCGCCGAUCAAGCGAUCAGUGCAAUCUAUGUGCUUUCGAGACAUCCAGAUGUACUCUGUUCGGACAUUAUCAGACAGGUCGCCAAGCGUGUAUUUUCCCCGAAAGCACCUUCUCGCCCAACCUCUAGUUCCGGCCCGAAAGGAGAUGGCUCAGAUCCCAUAGAUGUAGAUGAGGAGAUGCCCGACGCACCUGCUCUUGACGCCCCACAGCCAAAGAAACAGAACUCGGCGUUGGCACUAUCGCAGCUCGUGUUCAUUGUUGGACACGUAGCCAUAAAGCAGAUUGUUCAUCUGGAAAUCUGCGAACUUGAGUUCAAGCGACGCAAGGCCGAAAAGGAGAAGGAUAAGAAGGCAGCACCUCGAAAGUCAUUAGCUCCCGAGCCAACGCCAUUGAAGAAGGGACGCAAGAGAGGUGCUGCCAAGGAUCCGACGCCUGCGCCGGAGGCGGAAGCCGAUGAUCUUGACCUCAUGGCGGGUACCAACGAGGAUGAUUUCACCGAUGCCAUCGCCCACGUCCGUGAAAGAGAGUUAUUGUUUGGCCCACAGUCCCUUCUGGCCAACUUUGGUCCCUUGGUAUCGGACAUCUGCGCCAACAACACCUCGUACAACCACCCAACGUUACAAGCUCAAGCUGCGCUAUGUCUAGGCAAGCUAAUGUGUGUCAGUCAGCAAUACUGCGAAGACAACCUCAAUCUUCUGCUCAAUAUCCUUGAGCGUAGCCAGGAUGCCGUCGUUCGUAGCAACUUGGUUAUUGCACUUGGUGAUAUGGCUGUCUGUUUCAACCACUUGGUCGAGCAAGAUACUGAGUUCCUGUACCGCCGUCUUAACGACAGCGAUCCGAGUGUCAAGCGAACAUGUCUCCAGACACUGACCUUCCUUAUCCUCGCGGGUCAGGUCAAGGUCAAGGGCCAGCUGGCCGAGAUGGCCAAGUGCAUUGAGGACAGUGACAAGAAGAUUACUGAGAUGGCGCGUCAAUUCUUCAGCGAGUUGUCUACGAAGGACAAUGCUAUCUACAAUCAGUUUGUCGACAUGUUCAGUACUCUCAGUGCUGAUACUGCGCUCGAUGAAGACGCAUUUAAGCGAAUCAUCAAGUAUCUUGCUGGGUACAUUGAGAAGGAGAAACAAGCCAAACAACUCUCCGCCAAACUUGCUUCUCGAUUGCCACGAGCUGAGAACGAGAGACAGUGGAGGGAUAUCGAGUACACGUUGGGCUUCCUCCAACACAAGGAUGAGGAAAUUCAGAAGAUGUUGUCCGAGGGCUUCAAGGUCGUUCAGGCGACGGCUUAG